AUGUCGUUGAAGUUUUCUGCAAAAUUGGCUACUUUGAUUGGAAAGACUGCUCCAGAAGAAAUAUAUUCGUACAAACCUGGUAGAUUACUCCGAAUAGGACCAUGGUUUCUCUUUGCGACGUUUUUUGGAUAUGGAAUUUCGUUUGCUGAUUGGUCAUUAUCAACAUCUUUUAAGUUAUACAAAGAGAAGGAGGAGUUGGGUAAUGAUAAUCAAGAUCAUGAUGUGCCGUGGUAUGCGUCAGAUAGGUUGUCUUUUUUUGGAAGAAUUACAGCCUCUGUUCUUUUGUCAUCUAUUCCCUUCGCGCUAUGCAUAAGUGCGUUAUACUUCCCAUCGCGUGUUGUCACCAAAAUACGCUAUAUCCCAGGGAUGAAACCGCAGUGUCAACUGACUAGAAACGCAUUAUUUGGGGGGGACGUGACUUAUGUUGCUCCUUUGAAAAGCAUACGACGGGGGCCUCGUACCCGGGUGUACACUGGUGUGGGCGAACAAGGUGUGGACGACAAGUCAACGUUUGCAUUUCUUCUAACAGAUGUUACAAAACCGUUCUUACAACGCCAGUUUAUUGUUAAUCGGACGGGCAACUUUUGGAGGAACGACGGACGUAUUAUCGAUUCUUUAUUUAGUGAUGACAGUGUUGCAGAUUUACAAUCACGUGAAGUUAAGCCGGCUACUGUGAUAAAGAAGGAUUCUAGUAUUCUUGAUAACAUGAUAAUCCAAUCUGGCAAGCGUACUAAGCUUCAUGGAAUCAAAUCCAAAGACAUUGUGAUGAAGAAAUCGUAA